UUGCUGCGUAUUAAACAAGUCUUCCGGUUGUGUCAGGUGCUUGGAAGGCUAGUGACUAAGUGACAAAUUUCUUUAAAAUGUUGGUUCUAGUACUUGGCGAUCUGCACAUCCCACAUCGAUGCAACAGUCUACCAAACAAAUUUAAGAAGCUUCUGGUUCCAGGCAAAAUUCAGCAUAUUCUCUGUACAGGCAAUUUGUGCACUAAAGAAUCGUUUGAUUACCUGAAAACUCUAGCGAGUGAUGUCCAUGUUGUACGAGGUGACUUUGAUGAGAACAUGAAUUAUCCCGAACAGAAGGUUGUGACUGUGGGACAGUUUAGGAUAGGCUUGUGUCAUGGCCACCAGGUGGUUCCGUGGGGAGACACCGAGAGUCUCGCUAUGGUUCAGCGCCAGCUCGAUGUUGAUUUGCUCAUCUCGGGACAGACUCACAAGUUUGAAGCGUUUGAACAUGAAGGGAAGUUUUUCAUCAACCCAGGCUCGGCCACAGGGGCCUAUAGUGCUCUGGAUAGCAGCAUCACUCCAUCAUUUGUCAUCCUCGACAUUCAACAGUCAACUGUCGUAGCUUACGUUUAUAAACUCAUUAACGAUGAUGUCAAGGUGGAAAGAAUAGAGUAUCGCAAGUCAUAAAAACAUAUCUCCAUCACUGUGCAAUUAAUUCCCGUUACCACCUGUAUGUAUCAAAUACAAACUGCCACCCUAGUGGAUUCUACAGACCUCAAGGGAACCAGAAGAUUGGAUUGGUGCAAAGUAAUAUGUGGUCUGCAUGAGAGAAGGGGUUACAUACAUGUACAAAUAACAUAUAUGGUUCAAGGCAAAUUUAUGUUUUAUUUGUUAAUGCUGUUUGUACCAAUAUUUGUUAAUUUAUAUUAGUCACUGGUAAUAUUCUGUUCUUCAUUGCAUUGAGGCAAUAAAUUAAGAUAAGCUUUUAAAAAUGUAUUCAGAAUAUUUGCCUUGGCAGUGUUGUUUUCCCCAAAUUAAAUUCUAUUAUGUGAUUGGGAAAUUAGUUUUCAGAAGAAGAAAAAAAAUCUGUUUAUUUGCAUGUCAGUUUUCUAACAGAAGUGGCAGAAUGCAUUAGGAACAUCUGUAUUGUAUUGUAAAUCUUAGCUCAUUGAAGGGACACAUGUAUCUGUAUCUCCAUCAUGACUACCAAUGUUAUUAGUAUCUUACCAUUCAUUAUGAGAAUUAUAUUUAUCUAUAGUUUAUAAAUGCCCUGUGUACAUGUUUGUAUAAAUAUAAAUUAAUAAUCAUUAAAUAUUACUUGUCAUUUGCACUUCUCUCUGAAUAACUUUGUUGUAAAUUUACUUAAACUUGGUUUGCUGCUAUUGUUAAUGUUUCUGAUCAACAACCUUUUUAAGUACUUAAAUUAGGGGAUAACUAUGUUGUAUUUGACCAUUUGCAGACGUUAAUUGAGUUUGACCUGCAAGAUGGUAAAACAGAUAUUUGUGACUGUAAAAGCAGCAUCAACGUCUGCAAAUGGUCAAAUGCAACAUACAUAUAGUUAUCCCCAUUCUAAUUCAGUAAAUUCUUUAAAAUAUACAAAUAAUAAUUUUUAGGAAUGAAUGCAGUUUGAUAAAAAACCUGAUUGUGUUUCAAGUCGUCCACCUUAUAAAAUAACUAUAGUGCAAGCAAAUUAAAAUGUACCUUUUUACAUGUAAUACAACUGUUGCUUGUCGUUUUUUAAAAAUAGUAUUUUAUUAUUUUAUUAACGACAAUGCCUCCCAUCCUGAAUUUAAUUAUUAUUAUUUGUUUAUGUUGCACAUAUAUUAUAAUAUCAUUAUCUUCUUAUAGUAUGACUUUAUUUUUAUCUAUAUGUGCACUUUAUUUGUUUGUUUGUUAAUGUUAUUGUUUAUGACUGUAUACUAUUGAAUAUGUGGACAUCAUUUCAAACAUACUGGAUAACCAGAAGUCUACAUGUGCUUUUUUUUAUCUGGAUAAUGAUUGUUCCGUUACGUGAAUUAUAUUGACGUAACCAAGGAGGUAUAAUUUGACCACUAUGUGCUGUGCAUCAUGUUUCCAAAAUCAGCGUAGAACAGUAUAGAACAGAUGCAUUUUUAGAAUACAUGAAUAAAGUUUUUAAAAUCCUUAAAUUUGCAACUUUUAACUUUUGAAUGUAAAGAUUCAUGACGUAACUGAUCGACAGUUCACGUCAAUUUAAAGCUGCAUAACCGAUAUAUGAACAGAAUGGUGGUUCACAUGAAACCUUGUGCAUUAAAAUCAGCUGUUUCUACUGAGACUGUAGUUCUUUUUUCUGUAUCCCAAAUGAAUAAUUAAUCCAACCAAAUGUUCAACCUCACCUGUCAGGAAGUUCAGUGCUAAAAAAACCCUAUUUAUUCUUUGUUCAUGUAUCAUCAAGUAUUAUAAAUAGCUAAAUAGAGAAUAUUGUAAAUCUGCAGGAUGUGGACAAUAGUUUAAUAAUUUUAAAACUUGAAUAUGUAUGUAAUCUGUCAUUAACUGUAAUAAAAUAAAGAUAAAACUGGUCUCGAGUCUUUUCUCUAGUCUUAGAGUAAAGAAAUUAGUAAAACAAGCAACCAGAUUCAAGAUGACCCAGAUACGAAUGUCGCAUUCAAGUGGGCUUAAAUUUUUUUAUUUUUGAGUUGUUAAAACGGUUUGUGUUGGUAUACACUUGUAAGGAAAUGUUUUCUGGUUCUAAAAUGGGUAAAUGACAAUGAGUAUCACUGACAAACUCAUUAAAAGGCCAAACAAAACCCCAAAUAAAGAAUUGUUAUUUGAUAAAUGUUUUGUUGGCACACUUAAUGUGUAUGCUACAUUUUUAUUAAUUAUUCAAACAUUCCAUCUUUACCUCUUUUUUUUAAAUUCAAAAAUUAAGGUCGCUUUGGUACCUUUUUUUCCUUCUGACCAACUCAUAAAUACUAUUUUUAGUGCAUUUGGACCCUUUUUAAGAAGCUUGCAGUAGAAGUUGUUGCAACUAAUUACGAGCACUCUCGAAUAAAGUUCAUAUGUGUGUACAUAUACUGUCCGUUUUAUUUGACGUGUAAAUUAUUUGUUCUGCCAACUAAAUAAAUGUGCAUAUGAA